CAGAUAGUGCAAAACGAAAGUCACUGUUCUCGGAAUGCAAACAAACCAGAAACAAAGCUUUCACAAAAUUCUACAGACUUUUGAACACCAUUGCCACACUGAAAUAAUUUCCAGAACACAACAGACAGCUCUGCCAUGGAGGGAGGCCAGCCCUUCUCUGGAGAAAGCAACCAGAAGGAAGGAACAGGGGGAACGCCCAAGUCUGCUCCAGCUGUCCGUUCAGAUGAAGAUGAUGGAUAUGAAGUCCUGAUUCCAUUUCAAGCCAACCCGGAACAGAAAGAAACCAGCAAUGUCACAGGUGCUAACAGAAGUUCAAAGAACUCCCAAAGUCCAAACUCUUCCAUGACGACAAAAGAACUUCAGGAAUACUGGAGGAAUGAGAAACGCAAUUGCCGAGAAGUCAAAGUACUUUUUGAAAUCCCAUCUGCCAGAAUUGUAGAGAAGGUCUUCUCUAAGUAUGUGGCAUACCGAAUCAUUAUCAUCCAGACGGGCAGUUUUGAUGGCAACAGGUCUAUAAUUGAGCGUCGGUAUUCGGAUUUCGAAAGGCUGCAUGCAAAUCUUUUGAAGACGUUUUAUGACGAAAUGGAAGACGUUCCCUUUCCCAAGAAAAGCAUUUCUGGGAACUUCACAGAAGAAAUUAUUAUGGAGAGGAAAUUAGCCUUCCAGGAUUAUCUACGGAUUCUCUAUUCCAUGGAGUGCAUCCAGACAUCGAGAAUGUUUAUCGAUUUCUUAGUGGGACCUGAGAUGGAGGAGGCCUACAGUUGCCUACGGGGAGGACAGUACACCAAAGCUUUGGAAAUAUUUCUUGCCGUCGUGCCCUUGCAAGAAAAACUAAUCAAGCACCGGCCGAUUCUUCUGGUCCCAACCCUUUGCGCCAUACUCAUCUGUCACAAAGAUCUAGACAAUUCCAGAAGCGCCUAUGAAUUUGGAGAGAAAGCUUUGUUACGCCUUCAGAAUCAUCCCAACAAUCGGUAUUUUAUGCCCCUGCUGGAAACCAUGAUCUCCCUAGCAUAUGAACUUGGCAAAGACUUUGUAUCCUUGCAAGAGAAACUGGAAGAGAGAAAAGCCAAGAAAGUCCCAAGAAAAAUGGUGACCCUGAAAGAACUCGCUGUUCAGGAGUAUGUACACUGAACAGGAAACGGGGGUCAUGUGAAGAUCCACCGGGGCUAGAUCUAGUGUUGUAUGGUUGCAGCUACAGUGUCCUCUAUUGUACAAUGCAUUCUUAAACUCCAGCGAUACAAUCCAUCCAGGUAACCUCCACCACGACCUGGAAGGACUAUAAAAGGUUUUAUAUAUAUAAAAGGCCCCUCCACGUCCCCCAUCUGCAAAUGGUAUUCACAGGUACACUGCCUCUGAAAAUGAAGGAUCUUUUUGUUCAUUGCAGCUGACCACCACGGACGGAUCCAUUCUCCAUGAAUUUGACUAAUGGAUACAUGAAGCUGCCUUAUAUCAAGUCAGACAAUUGGUCUUGGAAAGAGCCUUUCACAUCACCUGCUGACUUAUCUUCCUAACUGAAGAAACCAAGGAUUGAACUUAGGCCCUUCUGCAUGCAAAGAGAGACUCUUCCACUGAGCCAAAGGUCCACCCCUAGGUGUGUCUGCCUAUACGGAGUAUGCUGAAUGUUUUAAGGCGCAAAGACUUACC